AUGGCUUCUUUGAACCUUUUUGUUCCACCAAUUGCAACUACUACCCAAAGAAGAGUAGUAUAUACUAGAGCCACAUCAACAAAAAGUUCUAGAGGAAGUAGUGAAGAGAAAUCAAUUUUGGAUUUUGUCCUUGGGGCAUUACAAAAGGAAGACCAAUUAUUGGAGACUGAUCCAAUCAUGAAAAAAGUGGAGGGGAAGAGUGGCACCACCACAAGUGUCAACAAGAAAUCAGUUUCAAUCCCUCCUCCCAAGAAGGAUUCCAAUGGUUUUGGAGGCUUUGGUGGCCUUUUCGCCAAGAAAAAAUGA